AUGCCCUCCGACCUACGGCCCGACGUCGACCGCGAGCGGGACGGCCGUUCGCUGUCGCCGCUGCUCGGAUCGCACAAGCGCGAUGACGAGGGGACCGAGAGCAGCAUGAGCAGGAGCACGCACACGUUCCACGAGCGGGACCCCGCGAGCCAGGCCCAUCUCGAGACGCGGCGGAGAUAUACGUAUGCCGCCAUCUUUCUGGCGCUGAGCCUGGUCAGCUUCACCGUGCAGACGGAGACGGCCGUGUACAUCCAGCACGAGCUGAAGUGGGAGAAGCCGUACUGCAUGCUCUACAUGACCCAUGGCUCCUGGAUCAUCCUCUGGCCACUCCAACUCGCCUUCAUGCGCCUACAGGACCUCUCCACCCCCUUCUCCACCUUCUGGCGCCGCCACGUCCAGCUCCUCCGCCAGACUGCCCUCAUGGUCCAGCACCAGACCCUCCACCCCUCCCCGCGCCAGUCCCAGAUCUCCCCCGUGCGCUACAUGCUGCGCAUGACCGCCUUCAUCACCUGCGCCCUCACCGUCGCAGGCGGCAGCUGGUACCUCGCCGUCAACCUCACCACCGCCUCAGACCUCACCGCGAUAUACAACUGCAGCGCCUUCUUCGCCUACGCCUUCAGUAUCCCCCUGCUAAAAGAGAAAGUCCGCACAAACAAGAUCCUCGCCGUCGCAAUCGCCAUCCUCGGCGUAUUCGUCGUCGCCUACGGCGACACAACCCCUGCAAAGCAGGGCGGCAAGUCGGGCGGCGGCGCAGGCGGCGAAAAAGCUCCGCCGACGCACGUGGCGGAGAACCGCGCGCUGGGCAACAUGAUCAUCGGGGUGGGGUCGGUGCUGUACGGCUUCUACGAGGUGCUGUACAAGCGGCUCGCGUGUCCGCCCGAGGGGUGUGCGCCGCACCGGGGGAUGGUGUUUGCCAACACGUUCGGCAGCCUGAUUGGGCUGUUUACCAUCUGCGUGCUGUGGGUGCCGCUGCCGGUGCUGCACUACAUGGGGUGGGAGACUUUUGAGCUGCCGCACGGGGAGCAGGCGUGGAUGAUGGCGAUUAGUGUGUUUGCGAAUGCGACGUUUUCGGGCUCCUUUCUCAUCCUCAUCUCCCUCACCUCGCCCGUGCUCUCCUCCGUCGCCGCCCUCCUCACCAUCUUUAUCGUGGCCAUCGUCGACCAGCUGCUGCCCCCACCGCUCAACAGCCCGCUUACCCCGGCCGCGCUCGUCGGCGGCCUGCUCAUUAUUGGCGCGUUUUUCUUGUUGUCCUGGGCGACGUACUGGGAGAUGGACGAGGAGCGGCGCAUGAAGUUGGAGGUUGAGAGCGAUGUUGAUGACUAG